AUGGACAUGAACACACCACGAGAAGGAGCCUCAAACUCGAGGCCACCCUUUUUCGACGGUAAUGAUUAUCCGUAUUGGAAAGCCCGUAUGACCACGCAUUUGAGUUCCCUAGGAGUUAGGGUUUGGAGAUCUAUUAGGUACGGCUAUGAGGCCCCUACCAUAGAAGACACUACGACUAAACAAAUGAGGGCUAAGGAGGACACUGAGUGGAAUUCUGCUGACAAUGAAAGUGUUGAGGCAAACUCUAAAGCUCUAGGAGCCAUCUAUGGUGCAUUGAGUAAAACUGAAUUUAGUCGUAUUUCCGCGUGCACUACUGCAAAAGAGGCUUGGGAUAUUCUCCGAGUCACCCACGAGGGUACUAAGACUGUUAAAACUUCAAAACUCCAAAUGCUUACAACACGUUUUGAAGAUUUGAGAAUGCAGGAAGAUGAGACAUUUGAUAGUUUUAUCACUAAGUUGAGUGACAUCAUUAAUUCCUUCCACGCAUUAGGAGAACCAAUCCCUAAUCUUAAAGUUUGUCGAAAAGUGCUUAGGUCCCUUCCUGAGAGGUUUAGGGCGAAGGUACUCGCGAUAGAAGAAAGUGAUAAAGUUGAUGAUAUUCUUUUUGAGGAACUUGUAGGUAAACUUCAAACGUUUGAAUUGAAUCAUCUUUCGAAGAAACCUACAUUAAAGCCUAAUAAAAGCAUUGCUUUUAAAUCAUCUAGAGAAGAAUCCUUUGUGACACAAGAGAGUGAUGAUGACCUUGACGAAGAAAAACUUGCUUUCUUUGCUAAGAAAUUUAGUAAAUUUGUAAAAUUCCAUAAGAAUAAUGAAUCUGAAAAUUUUCCUUCUUUAACUAGUGGAGGUAAGAAUUUUAAUUUUGGGGAUAAUGAAAAGAAAUCUUCUAUUGAUAAAUUCAAGAAAUCCCAAGGUGUACAAUGUCACGAGUGUCAUGGUUUCGGGCAUGUUCAGGCAGAGUGUGCUAACACUCUUAAAAAGAAAGUGGCUAAGGGGUAUAAGGCUACGUGGGAUGACGAUAGUGAUGAGAAUAGUGAUCGAGGUUUUGAAGCUUCUAGAUAUUCUGUACUUGUUGCCAACAUUAAAUCCCCCACGUCCCCUAAAUCAGUGGAACUUUCUACAACUCUUAGUGAUGAUAGUAAGUAUGUCUCGACUGACGAAGACUGUGAGAAUAGUGAUGAUGAUAUAGAUUCUAUUCAUGAGGCCUAUAAUCGAUUGUUUAAAGAAGGUGUCAAAUUGAAAAAGAAAAAGAAGGAACUCGUGAGUGUCAUCGAGAAAAUUAAUGGUGAGAGGAACAAACUUAGUGAUGACAUUGAAUCUAAGAAUACCGAGCUUAAAGAAUUAAAAACCUAUACAGCUAAUUUGAAAGACAAUUUUGCCAAAAUUGAGAAAGAGCAUGUGAAUGCCUUGAAGGCUCUUGAAGGGUCUAAGGAUAGGAUUUUUGAACUGGAGCAUGACCUUAGGGAGGCCACUGAGGCCAUAAAGUGUAAUGAGUGUGGUGCAACCCGUAUUGCUGAGAUGACACAUACGUUUAGAAAUAGAAGCGACUUAGGGUUUGUUGAUCCACCUUCACUGAUACAUAAGGCUAACGAGUUCACAAAGAACGAAAUCAAGUUUGUGAAAUCUGAUAUUGCAAAGAAUGAGGUAGUGAGCGAUAAACCCGAAUCUUCUAUUAAAUCUCCCACCAUUAUUAAGAAUGCUUACAAUAGUAAUCAUGCUUCUGAAAGGAAAAAUCUUUUUAUUUGUCACUACUGUGGUGGUCAAGGUCACAUUCGACCUUUUUGUUAUACACUUAGAAGGGACAAUCAGAGAACAAAGGGGAAAUUAUUUGUAGCCCCAGUUAAUAAAAGUGUUCAGUAUGGUCAACCCAAUGUGGGAAGACCUCAAGUUGUGCAUCAGUUUCUCACAAACUUUAAGAACGAGAAUUUUCAAAAUAAAUUGAGUCAAUUGGCGAAUCAAACUUCUCACCUCGUCGAGGAAAUCAAAAAGUUGUCAAAUUUGGCUAAAAAUAAUAAAGAGACUGAUAUGAUUGUUGAAAGACAUACCACACACGGUCACACCUCGCAUGUGAACACCAAACCAAAGCAAACAUGGAAGAGAGUGAAUGCCACUUGUCAUGUUGCACACACUACGUAUAGAGCACAGGAUGCCUGUGUUUGGUAUUUAGACAGUGGAUGUUCAAGGCACAUGAGCAGAAAUAAAUCUUUGUUUGCUAAGUUAGAGAAGUAUAAUGGUGGCUUGGUUACAUUCGGUGAUGGUAAUACGGGUAAAAUCGUAGGACAAGGCACCGUAAAUGCACUCGAAAUCCCUCUGAUAGAUAACGUGUUAUAUGUUGAGGGUUUAAAAGCUAACUUGUUAAGUAUAGGGCAAUUUUGUGAUAAUAUGCAUGAAGUCAAUUUCUCUAAAAAUAAUUGCUCUAUUAUUAAUGCUUCUGAAAUUUGGCACCAACGUUUAGGACAUUUAAAUUUUCCAGAAUUGCAUCGAAUAACCAAAAACGACAUUGUGAGGGGAGUGCCCAAACUUGCCAAUGGGCAAGGGCUUGUGUGUGAUGGUUACAUGAAGGAAUCCCAUGCUCAUGUUUCUACGCACACAAUCUCACUUGGAGCUAGUAAACUUACAUUGUUUAAGUGGUCUCUAUUGAGUCUCAGUUGGUCAUUUCCUUUGUUUUUCCAUGGCAAAAAGGGGGAGAGUUUUUAUGGUCAUGGGUUGGGGUGUAAUGGAGAGUGA